AUGUGUACCAAUAUCGAAUGCCUUCUUGAAGUCAAUGUAGACUACAUGAAGUGGAUUUCCUCCAUAAACUACCCGGAUGCAGGGUACCAAACAAAUGAGUCAAUUCGUCACGCAGGACAAGCCUCUAUGGAAUUCAUGCUGCUGAAGCUCAAUGGAAAUCGCGAGGUGAUUGGCUUACUCCGGGGUUUUGAUCCCUUUAUGAAUAUUGUCCUGGAAGAAUGCGUGGAGGUGACGAAAUCAGGCCAGCAAGUUGGAAUUGAUACCGUUGUCGUCCGGGGGAACAGUGUGAACGUUGUAGAAAUUCUUGAACGUGUAUAA